AUGCAUAUCGCCUCUAGUGGUACUUCUUGGGAUGUACCUGGAUGUGAUAAAGGUACAAUAGAAUUCAGAACGAUAAUGAAUAAUAUAACUCCAAAAAUCAGUGAAAUUUCUAGAUUUAUUUUAAAUAAUUUUAAUGAAUUGCGUAAAAUUCCAAAUUUAAUUUCAAAACCAUUAAUAAUUGGUAUAAAUGGUCCUCAAGGAUGCGGAAAAACAACUUUGGUUGGAAAAGUCUCAAAAUAUUUAAAGGAUACUAAUAAUCUAUCAGUUUUAAAUUGUUCAAUUGAUGAUUUUUAUCUUACUCAUAAAGAUCAAAUAAAACUUUCACAAAAAUAUCUUGGAAAUUUACUUUUAGAAUAUAGAGGAGAACCUGGUACUCAUGAUAUCUCAUUAGGGACCAGAACUCUAAAAAAUUUAUGCAUUGCUCAUGAAAAUUUUUAUAAAAAACUUGAACUUGGAAUCAAUUCAAAUGAACCCAAUGAAGUAUUAAUACCUGUUUAUGACAAAUCAUUAAAUAAUGGUAGAGGGGAUCGUACAGAAAAAGAGAAUUGGAUUAAAGUAAAAUCAUCUUUUAAUAUUAUUCUUUUUGAAGGUUGGUUACUUGGAUUUAAACAUUUGUGUAAAGAUCAACUUGAACUUGUAUAUCAUUCAUUUAUUCAUAUUGAUACAGAAGAUAUUAAUUAUGUAUAUCAAUGGAGAUUAGAACAAGAACGUAAAAUUGGUUUAGGAAAAGUUGGAAUGACUGAUGAGCAAGUUUAUGAUUUCGUGGAAAGUAUUAUGGAAGACAUUUGA